AUACUAUAUAUGCAAUUAUUUUCAUAUUUGUAUUGUAUAUACUAUUAUUUUUUCUACCCAAAUGUCAUUUAUGCACUUUCCCAAAUUUUAAGACAUUUUUCAGAAUGACUAAUAAAAACCUUACUAUAUCCCUUAUUAUCCUAACAAUUAGGUUUAGCAAUUUCUCAUGUUGGACAUGGGCUUGGACUUCUCUCGACCCGACCCAAUACCGAAUUAUAAAUUCCCGCCAAUUUCCCGCAUAUAUAAACAAACGCAUCGCCUUUUCCUCUAAGCUUCCCGCCAUUUUCUCUUCUUCCCGCUUCCUCUCUUUCCCACUCCAUCGAUUCCAAGAAUUCUCCAUGGAAUCGAAGCUUCGCACUAUGCCUUCCAAACGCUCCUCCAUUCUUCAUCAUCCUCGAGCUCUACAAGCUGGAUUACUCCACUUACCUCACAAAAGACUUAAGACUACUCUCCCCCAACCGCACCUGGAAGAACAUGCUUCCAAUUUUGUUGCCAAAGAUCUACGCAUCAAGCGAAUCUUCUCCCCCAAUUUACAGAAUCGCUCCUCGGUGUCAUCCAGAGAGCUGAUUAGCGAUAGAGAAAGGCUAAUAACCGCGAAUCGAACUUGUUCAAACGAAGAUAGUGGAGUCGGUAAUACACAUGUUGAAUGCGAUGAGGAUGGGCGAUGUGAUGGGAAGAGUGAGGAACCGGUGCACUCUACUCCUCCUGAUGUGGAUAUUCUGACUGGGGCUUUUGUGUCGGCUUCUUCAAGUGGUUGUCCUCGAUCAAGUAAUGGAGGUGUUUUGGGAGAUACUUGUGUGAAAUCUGACUGUAGAAUUGACUCUGUUGCUAGACCCGGAUCGGUGCUCAGACCAUGUUCUAAACGGAAGUUAUUCAAGGCUCCUGGCUCAAUUGCCUACAAAAGAUUGCUACCUUUUUUGAUGGAUAACGAUAAUUACAAGCUACAAGAUGAUCCAAACCCAAAAAGUGAGAACAAUUUGGUGAAGAAGGUGAAUAAUGAAUCUGAUCUGCGUAAUCAUGUCAAGGGUUCAUCUUUUCUUGAUUCAGACACAUGUGUAGUAAAGAAUGCAACUUUUGCCUCCGGCUUGUCAUCUAAGACUAUGAAGCUAAAUUUACCACCUCCUGAUGAUGGAGAUGCUUCGAAUUUUCAGAAUGGUGGCGAUUUAAACAAUAGCCAGAAUACAAUCAAAGAGGAUUCUGGUCUGAAAAAAGAUAAUGCAGUUUGUGCCUCAUCGCUUGACGUAAGGCUGACAGAGCAAUCCAAAAACCCCGGGAUAGAGACGAUUGAUGGUGGAUCCACUUUUGUAUCUGAAGUAGACAAUUUUAUGUCCCAUGUUUCAGAGGAUAUUAAAAGAGACGGUCAUUUCAAUGAAGAACUCAAGAUGUCAUCUUUAAAUUCUAACAUUGUUGAUAGCCCAUUGAAUGAAGAAAGGAGGGAUGAAAAAGUGGGAUGUACUCGAGGUGCAGAUCAAAAACUUGGUAGUUCUACUGUGGGUGAAAAUCAUUGCAGCAUUGCUACAGAGAGUGACAAGAAAAAUGGUGCCUGUGUUAGAAACAAAAUGGUUCGCAAUCCACUUGUACAACUGAAGUCAAAAUACAGCCAAGUUUCAUUUAGCUAUCGAAGGAUGCGUCCAUUCCUUGAGGAUCUUUUCAAAGAUAAUCCAGAGAACUGUGCCUCAGGAAACAUCGACUGUUCGGUACCAGAGAAAGAAUUGCCAACUAUGAAUUUGCAACCACCGAGUUCAAACUCUCACAAUUCCCAGGUUAAAUCGGAAGGCUUGGUAUCUUGCAACAUGCCACUCGAUGGAAACUCAUAUACUCCUUCAAUGCAUGAAUUGACUAGUAAGAACGAAACAGAUUGUGAAACAGAUAAAGUCUUAUUGCCUGCUGGAGUCGAUGAUAAACUUCUAUCACCUCCAAAAUUAACGUUGCAGUCUGAGCAGGAGAUGUUGGAUAAAUUUAAUUUGAAAACGGACCCUCAAUUGCCUGGUGCAACAUUUUUAAAUGAUCAAGCAGUGUCACCAUUGUAUCCUGCUGCUAAUUAUGAAACUCUAAUUGGAGAAGGAUCCAGAAUGACUUCUGAACAAUCUCCAAUCACUUCAGAAGACUGCACAAGUUUGAAAGAUAGUAUUUCUGAUGGUGCUAAUAUCUCUGAGAGAAACAGCUUAGCACCAAAUUCCUCUUCCGUAGAAGGAGGUAUUCUGCCAGGAAUUCACAUAAAUCAUAGAAAGGGAAUUCUUAAACGAAACACACGAGGAUGCAGAGGAAUCUGUAAUUGUCUGAACUGUUCCUCUUUUCGUCUUCAUGCGGAAAGAGCAUUUGAAUUUUCUAGAAAUCAACUGGAAGAUGCUGAAGAAGUUGCGUCAGAUUUGAUGAAAGAAUUGUCGUAUCUUCGUGGUGUCCUUGAAAAGUAUUCUGAUGGUGCAAAAGGGGAUGCUGGGCAUCAUCAUUCAAAUAAGGUGAAAGAAGCUUGUAGGAAAGCAUCUGAAGCAGAGCUAAUUGCAAAAGACCGCCUUCAACAAAUGAACUAUGAGCUUAACAUUCAUUGCAGAAUCACGUGCUCCCAACGUCCAAAUGUUAGGUUUUCUAGUGAAGUUGAGAAACUAGAGAUCGAAGAUGGAAAAUAGAGCAAAAUGAUGAAUACUGCAAAUAUGGUACCGUUAUAAAAGUUGCGGUCAUCACUCUUCAGCUUAUGCAAGGCUGCGAGGAUUUCAUGGAUGAAAUGGAUGGUCUUUCAUUUCGUUUAGGAACGCAGCAGAUGGGGAAAGGGUUGCAUCUUCAUGACGAAGGACGGAACAGGUUUCAUUCUAGUUGAUUUCUACUUUAAUAUGUCGGAAAAUGACAAUUUUUUAGACUGCUGAAAUUGAAAGUGUCAAUACUUUUUUUUUUUUUUUUGGUUUUUUCUUAAAAGAAAGAGAGUAGCAUAGUAGUGAUAGAGUGGAUUAUGUAUCCUGUAGAUUAUUGGGUGUUACGUGUACAUUAACUUAAUUUGUGGGAUCUUCCCUUCUGCUAAAUGAAAUAUUUGGUUGGCUAAAA